AUGGCAGAAAAUCCAAGGUAUGCUCGCCGGGGCCGCACACAAUUCACUGUGGAGCAGCUCCAGGCCCUGAAGCGUGUGUUUGAAGAGACCAUGUACCCAGACUGGACAACCACGGAGGAGCUCAUCUCCAUUACUCAUCUCGAUGAGUCUGUAAUAAAGACUUGGUUCAAGAACCAGCGCGUCAAAAGGAAGAAAGAGCAGCAAUCAAAUGGAUCAAAUUCAUCACGACGGUCACCAAACCCGACCACUCUGGGCAAAGAGGAGGAGGAGCCUUCCUCACCUGUAACUUCAGCAAACACUCAUCAUCACAAAAGACCCGGCAUUUCAGACACCCCUGACCAUGAACUGCCUCAGUCCUCCGAGAAUGAGCAACCUGGUUCCUCCAGAUGGAAUUCAUCUUGGGAUUCGCAGCCUGCAGAUCUCCAAGAUCUAUGUCUGGGGGACUCUGAUCCUCCCUGGGCCUCCAGUCCCUAUGACAUCGAUCAGUUUACACAGCUCUAUGCCCUACCUGGGGAUGAUGGUCCCCACAGUCUGGAUCAGUACCUCUCCCCCACGUGGCCCAGGUGA